AUUACCACUGCAUUCAUUUAUCAAUCACAAAGCACUGCAAGUGCAAGUGCAGUGGUCGGUGGCGUGUUGUGAGACGGUUACGCGUGGUGUUGUUGGUGUUCGAGUUGCAUAAAACGAGACUAAAUAAUAAGGAGGAAGAAAGUGGCGCUCGGUAGGCAGGACGGUGAAGUGUGGUGCUCAGAUUCAGUUGGUUUCAUCGACAUUUCCCGCUUUAAGCCGGACGACGAACUUGUUGCGGUUAGUUGAGUGUCAAUUAGGCGCGAAAGGAAAUGAAAACAAUUUUGUGCUUAAUUGGGCUGAUGGCUGUGGUUCUUGACCUGGCUAAAGCCGAACCCGAACCAGUUACUCCGGAUACACGGAAGGCACGAAAUCCAUCCAGUGGGCCUACGAGUUAUAAUUCAAUCAUUGGACCUGAUAGUGAAACCUUAAGCAAGCUGCAGAAUCAGGUUGCACCUUCGGUGCAAAUUCCGCUGAAGCCAUUAGGGAUACCUGGAAAAACCUCAGAAGUUCCGACCGCGUAUACUUUGACCUCUAAUCAACCAUCAAACUCACACCAGGCGACUCUUACCGCGCAGAACAUUGCUGGGCAGUAUUAUGUCGCGAUGACACCGCAAGCAACCGGAAAUCAAUUAUUGUCUCCAGCGACCACUCCGCUGAUUAUGCAAUACAUCAACCCACAGGGACAACCCACCGGAGGUCUUCAGUAUAUUCAGCUGCUGCGUCCAGUGAUGUACCCUUACGGCGCCCAGUACGUCCAACCGUCCUACGUCCAACAACACUCGCAGCCAUCGAGCACCCACGGCCAGUACCACCAGCAGCAUCUGCACCACCCACAUUCCCUGUCCCAUUACUCCAGCCCCGUCCAGCACUCGUCCCCAGUGUCCUCCUCACCCACUAUGCCAACCACGACCCAAUCAAACUUCGUUCCCUUCCAGCCCUCUUCGCUUCAGCAAUACGCCACAGCAGCCACCGCCGCCACUCACCACCAUCAUCAUCUAGCCGCGCCAGUAGCCUAUCCUAGCCCAGUGGCUCAGUACUCCAGUCCUGUACUGUCCUACUAUCCACCGCGGAUCUCCCUGAUCAAUGGCCCCGGUGAUAUGAAUCUCAACACCAACGAGUACAUUCCGUCGCCAGGGGACCCGGUGUACAUCAAAGGGGUGAAAUCCAUUCGAGCCUAGGAAGGAAUUUGACCCGAAUAUUCAUGAUAAUGGUACUGAUCUCCCUGUAAGCACUUACCAUUUCCGAGCGUCUCGAUUGCACCAUGAGAUUUCGUUGAUUAUUUAUAGCCUAUUUAACAUGUUACCUAGUUGUAAUGAAUCGACCAAACAUCCUGCUUAGUUCUUGUACUAACCAGACCAAAAUGAGAUAAUAAAUUUCUAUUCAAGAGUGCUUGUAAAAGAAGUCCUGGAA